UUCGUCCGUGUCCUUGUCCGUUGUUUUCCGCUUCACUUCUCGUCCACUUUUCUCUCUCCUCAUUAUCUUUCCGUGCGCUUCUCCUGCUUGUUUCCUUCGUACCUACUUUAUGUUUCUCCAUUUUUUGUCUUCUCUUUCUUCCUCUUCAUCGUCUCCCUACCCGUCUUCGCCUUCCUCCCCACUCCUGGAGCUCUCCUCUCUUGCGCUUGCGCUUUGUCCCACUUUCAUUUUCUUCGUAUUCGAAUCCUACGUGGUGCUUCAAGCUUCAUUGAUCAUCCUCAGGGUGUGUAGUGUGCCCUUUUUACCCACAGUACUCUUAUUCUUUGCCGCAUUCUAAAAUACAUCGCGUUUGUUAUUCCUUUCUCGUCAAUUGUUUGAUCGUUGCUUACCAUUGUGUGUGGUCACAGUUCACAGGUGCAAGUGCCCUCAAUACCAUGUUCAUCUUUACACUUCUACUUCUGCAUUUUACGAAUACCACUGAACAUUGUGUCUCGACGAUAUUCCCUAUCCUGAACAUGCGUGGUCUCCCUUUCGCAUAUCUGUUGGUAUCCAUCAGAUGGUGUUCACGGCGCUUCGAAUACAGCACUCACUUUUACUUGCCUCCCUCGAUUUUCCUCUAAAU